CAAGGAUCAGAACACAAACCUCCACUUAUGUCUUAACACCUCUACAAUAGCCAUUUCUUUUCUACUGCUUCUAAUCCUCCUGCACAAGUGAGCGCCUUUUAAAUUUCUAAAAUGUGGGUUUUCUUCUUCAGGCUCUUCUUAGUAAUGGGUCUGGUCUUUUUUUGUUGAUGAUGAGUUUUUUUUGUUGUUUUUUGAGAGAAGUUUAUUUGUGAUCUUCACAUGUUUAGCUUAUAGUUUACAUUUUUAAAACCCGGGCUUUCAUCUCCAUGUGAGCAAUUAUUUUUUGUGUUUCGUAUUUUGGGCUAAAGGCCUUUUCUUUUCUUUUCUUUGCUGGGUUUUCAGAAGUAUAUUGGUGAUGAGUUGCGUGUAGAUUAGUGGCAAGAGCUUGGAUUUGAAAAAAAAAAUGGUUGGGACGGCAAAUAAUGGCAGAAUGAGGCAUGCAUUUUCAGUUGUAAAUGGUGAGCAAGAAGUUGGUUUAAAUAGUGCACCACCUAGUAAUGCUGGAUCAGAGUAUGGUAGCUUUGAGUUCACAAGAGAAGAUGUUUAUGCUUUAUUGUGUGAGAGAAUGAAAUACAAAAACAAGUUCAAUUACAAGGAGAGAUGUGAAAACAUGAUGGAUUAUAUAAAGAGGUUAAGGCUAUGUAUCAAAUGGUUUCAAGAGCUAGAAGGAAGUUACCUCUUUGAGCAAGAAAAGUUACAAAAUGCUUUGGAUUUUGCUGAGAGUAGAUGUGCUGAAAUGGAUUUGAUAGUGAAAAACAAGGAAGAAGAAUUAAAUUUGAUUAUCGUGGAGUUGAGAAAGAGCCUUGCUUCUCUACAAGAGAAACUUUCCAAAGAGGAAUCUGAGAAGUUGGCUGCAAUGGAUUCUCUUGCAAGAGAGAAAGAGGCUAGACUUACCGUUGAAAAGUCACAAGCUUCCCUCUCUGAAGAGCUCGGAAAGAUUCAAGGAGAGCUUCAAAAUGCGAAUCAAAGGAUAACAUCAGUAAGUGAUAUGUACAAGUUGCUACAGGAGUACAAUUCAAGCUUACAACUGUACAAUAGCAAGCUUCAGACAGAUCUUGACACAGCUCAUGAAACUGUAAAGCGUGGAGAAAAAGAGAAAGCUGCUAUAGUAGAGAACCUAAGCACCUUGGGGGGUCAAUACAUGUCAUUGCAAGAUCAAUUUAAUUCGUGCAAAGCAUCCGUGAAUGAUGCUGCAAAGCAAAAGGAUGCGCUGGUGAAAGAAGUUGCAUCCGUAAGGGCAGAGUUGCAACAGGAAAGAUGUGUAUCCCAAAGCAACCAGUUGAAGACAUUGCAGGAUCAGCUAGAUGCCGCCCAAAAUAAAUUAAGGGUAUCUGAUUUAUCUGCAUUUGAGGCAAAAACUGAAUUUGAAGAACAAAAGAAACUUAUAUGUGAGUUACAAAACCGCUUAGAAGAUGCAGAACUUAAAAUUGUUGAAGGAGAGACGUUAAGGAAAAAGCUACACAAUACAAUAUUGGAACUAAAGGGAAAUAUUCGUGUGUUUUGUCGUGUACGGCCUUUGUUGCCAGAGGAUAGUCCUGGUGCUGAUGGAAAAGAUGUAUCGUAUCCCACCACAACAGAAGCUCUCGGGCGAGGCAUUGAUCUGACACAAAAUGGGCAAAAAUAUUCUUUCACUUUUGAUAAAGUUUUUAUGCCUGAUUCAACACAAGAGGAUGUUUUUGUAGAAAUUUCUCAGCUUGUUCAAAGUGCUCUUGAUGGUUAUAAGGUUUGCAUCUUUGCCUACGGCCAAACUGGUUCUGGUAAAACCUAUACCAUGAUGGGCAAACCAGGAAACCCGGAGCAGAAGGGGUUGAUACCCAGGUCAUUAGAACAAAUAUUCCAAACUAGGCAAUCUCUUCAAUCCCAAGGCUGGAAAUAUGAAAUGCAGGUGUCAAUGUUGGAAAUAUACAAUGAAACAAUCCGAGAUUUAUUGUCAACUAAAGAUUCAUCAAGAACAGAGUAUGGUAGUAAUGGAAAGCAAUACACCAUUAAGCACGAUGCCAACGGAAACACACAUGUUUCCGAUCUCACUGUUGUGGAUGUUUGCAGUUCUAGAGAGGUUUCUUUUCUCUUGGAUCAGGCAUCUCAUAGUAGGUCUGUUGGCAAGACCCAAAUGAAUGAGCAAUCAUCUAGAAGUCACUUUGUUUUCACAUUGCGAAUAUCUGGUGUUAAUGAGAACACAGAACAACAAGUACAAGGUGUUUUGAAUCUUAUUGAUCUUGCUGGGAGUGAACGUCUAUCCAAGAGUGGCUCGACUGGAGAUAGAUUGAGAGAAACCCAAGCUAUCAAUAAAAGCUUGUCAUCUUUAAGUGAUGUUAUAUUUUCCUUGGCAAAGAAGGAGGAUCAUGUACCAUUUAGAAACUCGAAGCUUACUUAUCUAUUGCAGCCAUGUUUGGGUGGAGACUCGAAGACACUGAUGUUUGUAAACAUUUCUCCUGAUCACUCUUCACUGGGUGAGUCACUUUGCUCACUCCGAUUUGCAUCCAGGGUUAAUGCUUGUGAGAUAGGUAUUCCUCGACGUCAUGCCAACAUGCGGUCGUUUGAUUCUCGCUUGAGUUUGGGCUGAUUCUAACACAAGAUGAUAGUAUUAUGUAUCUCUGUCACGAGUAUUGGUAAAUUGAGAAAGUGAGAGUGAUCCUAACACGAACUGAUAGUUAGUAACCUGUAUAGUGCAUUACAUUGUUGUUAUUAAAAGGCUUUGCCCAAUUAUUAUUUUGUUUA